GCGUGGAUAUGUUCAGAGGUUGACUAGACUUUUCUCUCGUUCAAGGUUUCGACAGCGCAUUUGCCAAGUAUGGACGAGAUCAAAUCGACUCACUUGGUUUACCUUAUGACUACGGCUCCAUCAUGCACUAUCCGUUUAACGCCUUCUCUAAGAAUGGCCAGCCAACUCUACGAGCGCUCCAUCCUUUGAAUGGGAAAACGCCUUACAAGGCCCUUAGCGCACUGGAUGCUGAGCAAACCAACAAGAUGUACGGUUGUGCUGCAAAGAAAAGAAAGCGACGACAGACUGUAUGCGUAGAUUACAACCGGUAUUGUUCUUCUUGGGCUCGAAGACAACAAUGCAGGUUAAAUCCAGCCUACAUGAACGUCUAUUGCAAGAGAAGUUGUGGACUGUGUGGUACUCAGGCAUGCAUUGAUAGGGACUAUCGUUGCUAUACGUGGUCUAGAUAUGGUUAUUGUCGUACCAACAUGUACACAAGGAGAAAUUGUCAGAAGAGUUGUCGGCUAUGUCCCAGACCACCCACCGUCAAACCGAAACCACCGACUGUAAGACCCAAGCCCCCAACCGUCAAACCGAAGCCACCGACAGUUGGACCCAAGCCACCGACCGUGAGACCUAAGCCGUCAACAAGCAAACCGGUUGUUCCGAAUCAAAACUGCGGCGUAAGACAUUAUGGAUCGUCCGGCCGUGUGGUCAAUGGUAAGACUGCUGACAAGAACAGCUGGCCAUGGCAGGCUCGGAUGACACUUCAUGGGGCUCACAAGUGUGGGGGCUCUUUGGUUGCACCUCGUUGGGUACUCACUGCCGCGCACUGCGUGAAAGGGAGCUCCCAUAACCCAGGUUAUCGUGUUACUUUAGGUGAGCACGAUAUUCGGAGACGCGAAGGCAGCGAGCAGUAUUUCUCUGUGAAGAGAAUUAUUGUUCAUCCCUAUUACCAACGAGCAACAACGAACAAUGAUAUGGCUUUACUGGAGUUGGAUCGUCCGGCAACACUUAACAAGGCCGUGGCUCUUGUUUGCCUUCCAAAACAGGGACAGAGUGUCUCCGCUGGACAAUACUGCACAAUUACUGGGUGGGGUAGGACAGGGUACAAUCGUCCUGGCGCUUCAGUCCUUCAAGAGGCUAGCCUUCCAGUGGCACAGCAAGACAAGUGUAGGACUUAUAUGCGAUACUGGGGCACAGUGACCAGUAAAAUGAUCUGUGGUGGUUUUGGUGGCUCAAGUACAGUCAGUGGUUGCUUCGGUGAUUCAGGUGGUCCAUUUGUUUGUCAGCAAAGCGGAGGAAAAUAUGUGAUCCAUGGUGUCGUCAGUUGGGGAACUCGAACCUGCAGCGCAGGUCGUAACGAAUACACUGUCUUCGCUCGCGUCAGCGAAUUUGAAUCCUGGAUUCGAAAAUACAUUGGACAAGGACCAGUGACACCUCCCCGGACCCCUCCUCCACCGCAGACACCUCCUCCUCCCCAAACGCCUCCUCCCCCAAACACACCACCUCCUCCCCAGACUCCAUCCCCGCCAAACACACCUCCUCCUCCCGAGACUCCGUCUCCACCGAACACACCACCUCCACCCCAGACUCCACCCCCGCCAAACACAACACCUCCUCAGACUCCGUCUCCACCGAACACACCACCUCCUCCCCAGACUUCAGCACCGCCAAACACACCGCCUCGUCCUCCCGCUUCUUCAACAACGAUCCCAGUAACGGUUAAACCGCCAGUAACUAUCAAGCCGCGCCCACCCGUCAUCAAGCCGGAAAAACCUACCGGUAUGAAGUGCGAGGACCGCCAUCCAAACUGUCCUGACUUUGCCGCAGCAGGUCAGUGUUCAGCUAAUCCAGGCUGGAUGGAAGAAAACUGCAAGAAGAGCUGCGGAUCCAAACGAUGCGACAAACAGCCUGUCAGGCCCGUAGCUCCUUGCUCCAGUCCCCUUGGAGUAGGUUGGGACUUUAAGCUACCCGACAGCGCGUUCUCGGCAUCCUCGAUCCUCGACGUUGGUGGCGGAUGGGAUAGCGGAGCUCGCAAUGCAAGACUGUAUUUUACAGACGAAUUUAAAGCCAAACGCGUCGGGGCCUGGUGCGCAGCGACUCCGAAAAACCAGUGGCUGCAGGUUGACUUAGGAAAUGAAAAAUACAUUACUGCUGUUGCGACGCAAGGUCGGCAUAAGUACUAUGAGCAUGUCAAAACAUACAAGCUUGCUUUCAGUCAGGACGGAAUCACGUGGAGUUUCGUCAAGAUAAGUGGAGAAGACAAGAUUUUCGACGGCAAUUGUGACCACUUUACACCUGUCGUGAACAUUUUGGAACAUGGCAUGACUGCAAGAUACGUUAGAUUUUACCCUGUGACUUACAACUACGUCUGCAUGAGGGUUGAGGUGUACGGCUGCGAUUCAUGAUUGCCUUGGCUUUAACCAGCAAAUAACAGUUACCAAACAACGCCAUCUUUUUUUUUUUUUUUAACAGUUUUAAUAUUUGGGAUAUCCUUUCUAACACGAAAAUAAAAGUGUGCGUCUUUUUGCACUUUUUUUGUUA